UGACAUUGAUUUUUUUUUCUCCUUUACUAAAAAAAGGCAAACCCAAACCAAACCAAACCAAAACCACACUAAACUGAAGAAACCCCAUUUCUCUUCUACUCAAUCAUGUCACUCCCACCACCGAUCCCACCACCGUCAGUUUCAUCUCCACCAAAGGCAAGGCCAAGUUCGUUACCAAUCCGGCAAAUUCCAGGCAGUUAUGGAUGGCCGUUACUAGGUCCCUUGUCUGAUAGGUUAGACUAUUUCUGGUUCCAAAAACCAGAAAACUUCUUCAGAACAAGAAAGGAAAAAUACAAAAGCACAGUGUUCCGUACCAAUAUUCCUCCUACGUUUCCUUUCUUCACAAAUGUUAAUCCUAACAUCAUUGCUGUUCUUGACUGUAAAUCUUUCUCUCAUCUCUUUGACAUGGAUCUUGUUGAUAAAAGGGAUAUUCUGGUUGGAGAUUUUGUUCCCAGUGUUGAAUUCACUGGGAAUAUUAGAGUUGGUGUUUACCAAGAUGUUUCUGAAGCUCAACAUGCUAAGGCAAAGAAUUUCUCCAUGAACAUAUUGAAACAAAGCUCAAGCAUAUGGGUACAAGAACUUGUAUCAAACCUCGACGUAUUUUUCGACCAAAUUGAAGCAACAUUGUCUCAAUCUUCAUCAGCAAGUUACUUUUCCCCAAUGCAGCAAUUUCUGUUCACUUUCCUAAGCAAAGUCCUUGCCAGAGCUGAUCCUUCCCUUGACCCCAAAAUCGCCAAAUCAGGUGCAACCAUGCUCAACAAAUGGCUCGCGGUUCAGCUUUUACCUACGAUUAGUAUCGGCUCCUUCCAACCACUCGAAGAAAUCUUCCUUCAUUCAUUUUCUUACCCCUAUGCCCUUGUCAGCGGAGACUACAACAACCUCUACAACUUCAUUAAACAACAUGGUAAGGAAGUGAUAAAAAGUGGAACAGAAUUCGGGUUAAGUGAAGAUGAAGCAAUCCACAACUUGCUUUUCGUGUUGGGUUUCAACUCAUAUGGCGGAUUUUCAAUUUUCCUCCCUAAUUUGAUAAACACCAUAGCGAAUGGCCCAACUGGUUUGCAAGAUCAGCUGAGGAAGGAAGCGAGAGAGAAAGGCGGUUCAACUCUCGGGUUCAGCUCGUUGAAAGAAAUGGAACUAAUUAAUUCAGUGGUUUACGAAACCCUUCGGUUGAAUCCACCAGUUCCACUUCAGUUCGGUCGAGCCAGAAAGGAUUUUCAGUUAAGUACAUAUGACUCAGCAUUCGACGUGAAGAAGGGUGAGUUAUUAUGUGGGUAUCAGAAGCUUGUAAUGAGGGAUCCAGCCGUGUUUGAUGAACCGGAUCAAUUUAUACCGGACCGGUUCACUAAAGAGAAAGGGGCCGAGUUGUUGAACUAUUUGUAUUGGUCUAAUGGACCACAAAGCGGUUCGCCAAGUGUGUCCAACAAGCAAUGCGCGGGCAAGGACAUUGUGACCUACACCGCGGCCUUAAUUGUGGCACACUUGCUUCGUAGGUACGAUUUAAUUAAAGGAGAUAGCGGUUCCAUCACUGCCUUAAAGAAGGCCAAAUGAAGAGUGAGGGUUGGUAUUCAAUGUUUGUGAUUAUCAAAGACAGAUUAUAUUUUUCUUUAUUGUUUAUAAAAUUGGGGUUGUAUUGUAUCUAUUCAAACAAUACUUGGCAUUCAUGAAUCAUAAUUCAUGCGA